AUGUCGACAGCGACGCCAGAGCAGUCUGUCUUCGUUCCCAAGACGCCUAUCAAACAUGCGGCCACGAUUGGUCUUCAAGCUGGCGCCGUCGGCGUCUUCGUCAGCGCCAUUCAAAAUGCUCUAGACAAACAUUCGCGAGGUGCAUCGGGAUUCUUGACUAGAACGGGGGGGACCAUUGGUUUCUUCGCGGCGAUGGGAGCUACAUUCGCUUUCACCGAGGCUGCUGUGGCCAACCAGCGUCAGCGAGACGAUCCUAUCAACGGUGCGGCUGGGGCUUGUGCGGCUGGGUUCCUUGCAGGCCUACGUGCCCGUUCAUUACCACUGGCAGUUGGGUCAUGCGCCAUAAUGGGUGCUGCAAUGGGUACAUUCGACUACGCCGGCUCGUUGACAGGAGACCAGAGUAUAUCAAACGAGGAGAGAAGAAAACGCUUCUUCAAACAGCCGCCACAGACUCUUGCCGACUAG